CAAUUUUGAUUGACAUUAAAUUUGACCAACAAUGCAGCAGGGGACAAGUCUUCACUACUGUAGUGACAUACUGAUGCUCACGAAAAACAACUAGCUAGCCAGCCCUUUUACAAACAGGAAAACAAUACUUAUAUUUAAACUGACUUGUCCCAUGGCUUAAAAUCCCUUAUAUCGGACAACGCAGCUGUGAACGACAAUACACACCGUUGAGGUAAAGUUAAUGUCAUUUGUAGCUAACAACCUGGCACCCAGUUAGCUUGCUAUAACUAACGUUAGCUAGAUCGCUGCCAUAAUGCUCAUAGGUCAUGGUAGUGAGUGGCGUUACUGCAGCCUGUGCUGCUUUGGUCUAAAGUUGACUUAGCUACAGUUGUGGAUGCAUGACGAGAAUCUGAAAGAUGACGACUGAGACCCACGUCAAGGACAUCAAGCCAGGACUCAAGAAUCUCAACGUUAUCUUCAUCGUACUGGAAACCGGACGAGUGACAAAGACAAAGGAUGGGCAUGAGGUGCGGACCUGUAAGGUGGCCGACAAGACAGGCAGCAUCAGCAUCUCUGUUUGGGAUGAGGUGGGGGGACUAAUCCAAACCGGUGACAUAAUCAGACUCACUAAGGGAUAUGCGUCUGUGUUCAAAGGUUGCCUGACUCUGUACACAGGCAGAGGUGGAGAGCUGUUGAAGAUUGGAGAGUUCUGCAUGGUGUACUCCGAGGUGCCAAAUUUCAGUGAGCCUAACCCAGAGUAUUCUAACAUGGACCAGAUGAAAAACAAGACGGUACUCAGUGACCAAGGAAACAUACUGAACAAUAAUUCAGCUGGAAAUGACACUACCAAUGGGAACGGUGUAAAUUCACAAGGUUCCGGGAGCUCAACUACCCCUCCGCAGGGAGGGCGGGCUGGCAGUGGUGUCAGCAGCAGGGCAAACAAUCCAGGAGGGACCACUGUCAAUGGAAAGGAGACCAGACGUUCUACCAAAAGAUGAUUAGAGAAGAGAGAAGCAAAGUCCAUCACGUGCCAGAAAUUUCAAAUGAGAGACUCUACCACUGAAGACUCAUGUUUCUUUUACAAACUGUGUAAUCAGUCUUUAUAUAUUUGUAUUAUUUAGUUUUGUUGAAAUUACCAUGACUUAUUUUAUUUACUUGUCUUUGUAAAGUGGGUUAAGAAUUAGUAUCUUAAUUAGGUUUGUUUAAGGAACACAGUUCACAAAAGCUGUAACAAGAGUUUCCCUUACAUUACUUUUUUUACAAUUAAGGUGUAAUGGGAAGGCAUGUGUUUUUCAAAGGAAGACAGGCAGGGAUGUUACCAUCCCUUUGUUUAAAAUGUGAUACUUUUUUUUAAACAAUUUUCUUUAAUUUUCUGCACUCAAUGUUUAAAGUUUUCCCAUGAGAUGUCUAAAAUAUAAAAUUACUCUUAGUUAAUGUGCUGUGUAGGCUCUGUGUUCAAAAAGUAGCCUAAGGCUGCCAGAUGGGUGUGUAGUUGGAUUUUGGCAAUCAGAAACACAAGCAUAUACAGUUGAAGUCGGAAGUUUACAUUACACUUAUGUUGGAGUCAUUAAAACUUGAUUUUCAACCACUC